AAUUUUGAAAUACUGACAACUAGUGUUUAUUGUCAGUUGUCUGAUAUAUUCCCAUGACUGGAUUGUACAAUCUAAUUACUGAGGCAUUAUCAGAAGAAGAAAUCAUAUCUGAAAUAAAAUCAGCCAUUCGAUUGGAAGAUAGUGAUGCUUUCCCUGGAAAUAAGUGCCAAUUAUUAGAAUUGUUAAGGUCAAAAGGUAUUGUCGAUAAGCUGGUUCACAGAAUCAAAUCCAAGGAGAGUUCGAAAUCUCUUCUAAGUGCUGGACAAAAUUUGAGUUUUCAAGAUUAUAAUUUCCACAUACCGAAUGCCAAACUGGUCUUAACUGUUGAGAUUUUACAAGGAAGGGCAUUCACAAACCACCUUCAAACUUACGAAGAUAUCCAAAUUGAGGAAUCUAAGAGCUCUGAUAUUAAAAUGCAACUGGACAUAGCUUAUAAAAACUCUAGAUUUCAUGGCAGACACUUUUACUGUUCCACAGAACCAGUUAUCAACCAGUCCUUUUGUUUUGAACUUCAUUCUGACGACACUGAUGAAAAAAAAGAUGUAAAUCUUGAACAACUGUUGGUCGGCAAACCUGUUUCCUUAUUACAAAUUGUAAUCACAUCAACUAAAUUAUCGACUGGAAGAAGGAGUUUAGUUGCUUCAGCUUACUUUGAUUGGCGUCCAUAUCUUCUGGGUAACUCCAAGUGUACAGAAGUCAGCCCUUAUCACUGGACUACCAAUGCAUCUUUGGAACUACAGAGCACAGAUCCUGAUUGCAAAGUACCUGCAGGUAUUCUUGAUUUACGGCUUUCUUUGAUAAGUCCUAAAGAAUUCACUGAAACAAAAUACUGCCGUCGUUCAGAAAAUCCAUUAGAUUCAAAAAUGUCUAACAUAACUCACCAUGGCUCAUACAGAUUAAAACAACUCUCACCUUCAUUAACACAAGCACAUUUCCAGUUGGAAUCAGCUCGAGCUGUUGAAAGAGAAAAUUCAUUUACUAAUUAUGUUCGUCAAUGGUGGCGUGAACUAACACAAUUACGUGAAGGUUUUUUCACUGAUCGACUUGUCAAAAUAUUUGCUACUGAUGAGAAUGGACAUACACAAUUCGUAUGCAAUUACAUUAAUCCACUCAGUGUGAGUUAUGUACUUGAGACUCCAUAUGUAGCUGCACGUUUUAUUUCAACUAUACCAUAUGAACCAUUCCAUGGUGUUGGAUCAGGGAUAAAAGAACGUUGGUGUUCUGGGUUGGCUUUUGUAUCUUCUAAUCGUGGUGAUGUACCUGAUCAUGCAAAUCUACUAUGCUGUCUAUUAUUGGGCUAUGGACUUGAAGCUUAUGUAGCUUUAGGUACAAGUCAAUUCAGUGUAAAUCCACAUGUCACACAUUCACCAUUACACCCAUAUGCAUGGGUUGUAGUUUGUUCUGAUAAUUAUCAUAAAAUCACAUUUUGGGAUGCAAUAACUGGACGUCGUUAUGUACAUACAGCUGGUUGUUGUGAGCAGGUCACAUAUCCUUCGCCAUUCAUUACAAUCGGAUGUUUAUAUAAUCAUGCUGCGUUUUAUGCUAACAUUCAGCCUACUGAUAAAGUGAUCGAUUGCCUAUUCAAUUUAAAGGAUUCAUCACAAUGGCGUCCAAUGUCAUCUGAAGUAAUUCAAACUGUGCAUAAACAUUCAUCUUUGUACCUGAGAAAAUUAAAUCCUCCUGUUCAAAAUGUCAGUGAAAUAACACUCCAGUGUCGUGAAAACCUACGUCGUCUAGCUGACAGAUGGCGUAUGGAUAAGUUAGGCUGUGAUAAUAAUUGUCGUUGGGAAUGGGACCAAAAAUUAGAGGAGCUAUUACUUCCGUUAAUUUCGUCUUAUGAAGCAGAUCAAAAGAGAUUGUCGAAUUACUAUACAAGUGAUAAUGUUGGAGAAAUACAUGAUCAAUUUGAAAAUGAAUUGAUUAUUUCUUCAAUUCAUCGUUAUGUACCCAAGGAUUUUAUAUUUAAAUCUUAUCCUAUCCAACUGUUUCACUGCAAUCCACAACGGAUACUACGUAGUUGUCUACGCUCACAACUGUGUCGGGAUAUACUCGGUUGUCGUGGUGAUCAUGUCCGAUUUGCACUUGGUCUACGUGUUUAUUCUUAUGCAGAGAAUGCAACUGUUACAUGGGUUAUACUUGCAUGUUUAUACAAAUCUGUGAUAUAAAAAAAGUAAAAAACGAAGUCAACUACCUCUCCUGAUAAAAUGCACACUAAUUUAGAAAAAAACAAAAACAAAACAAUUUGAUUAUUUUCAUUUUAGGAAAUUUUUACUACUACUAUUAUUACUAUUUAUUCCUUACAGUUCAGGUGGUGUACAUAAAUUUAACUUCGGUAUGUUAAGUUCU